UGUUUGUAAGUUUAGUUCAGUUGUACUACUUCCUAUUACUAUGGAAGCAUUAGUUUGUUGUUCUUUGCCUUCCUUAGUUAGUGUGAAAACUAGGAACAUAGUCACACAUAAUUGUUCCUUAACAGUUAGAAAAAGUUGUGAUUUUUGGGUUAAGAAUGAAGGAACAACAAGGAGAAGAAGAACAAGGGUAGGUGUUGUGUCUAUGAGUGAUGUAACUACAACAUUUAUUGACUCUGCUCCAGUAGAUAUCACAUGGCAAAUUGUUGUUGGAACCAUAGCUGGGAUUACACCUUUUGUGGUGGCUGGGAUUGAAUUUAGCAAGAGAAUUAUGGCUCAAAAAAAAUGUGAGGUGUGUGGAGGAUCUGGACUUGUUUUUAGAGAUAAGAACUAUUUCCGUUGUCCAGAAUGUGGUGGAUUUCUUCCUUGGCAGUCAUGGAAAAGAUUUUUCUCAGGUUAAUUUAAUAUCUAUACAACAUUGUACAACCAUAUUUCAAUAGAUUACAAUUGCAUUUUAGCACAAAUUCAAUGCUCUUAUGUUCCAAUUGGAAAAGAAUCAUACACAAAUUGUAAAAUGACGUAUAGUAAAUCUAUUUGUAUAGUUUACUGAUACAUACUUUAUUAAGAACAUCAUACUCUUUUAUGGAAGAAAUAAAUCUUAGUUAUAUUUAUCACAA